AUGGCAAACACACAAUCCUCCGAACCAAUUGCUCAAGAUCAGGCUUGGGAUGAAAUUUUCAACUUUGACCCAACGACAAGCCCGUUCUUACCUCAUCUCACGACCGAACAUAAUGAUUUCGAUGUCAACUUGGAUAUCUUCUCUGAACAACCUCUAUUCCUCCCUACAAACUAUCUCCCACAGCCAAAUUACUAUCUCGAACCAACGAUACCGCAAGAUCAGUUCGAUGAUGCGCUACCCACAACUGCUGUCUACCAUAAUCUGAGCGGUGUUACACAGGAGGCUACUUUUGAUGUAAUUCGCAAAGAUCUUGACAAGGUCUUGAUUUCUAUUUGGCAGCUGCAGAAUGAUUAUCAGAUGAGAAUCGAAAAGCUCGACCAAAAGGUCGCACAAGCAGCAAACGCAGCCCAGAGCCUACGUAAAGAUGUGGAUGCUAUCAGUGGUUGGGUACAACAAGUGAUCGCCUUUUUGAACGAUACAAGCGCCCCGUCCGAGCAGUGA